CGCCUCGCAAACACCCUUUCCCCCCAUCCUGGCUGUUCGUCAUGUCCGCGUCUAGAACCACUUCUACUGCUGGACAGCCAUCUCUUGCUCCAGACUCGUCGCUGGCAAGGGUCUUCGAAUUCGACACUUCGACAAAUUCGCCCCGAUCCGGUCUAUCGCCUUUGAAUGCGUUGUUGUGACUCGUAAGCCGCCGCCAUGUUGGCUCUUCGCGACCAAGAGAACCUGGUGCAUAGCCAUCAAACGGUCGCCGCAUCAAAACCCUUGAAUCAGGGCUUGAGACACCUACAGCCGAAGACGCCCGGAACGCGAGCACCCAAAACGCCAUUCAAGAUCCCAUUGAACGACGAAAAUGAUCCCCUGGCUUUCGGCAAAAAGACUGCGAAGGGAGCAGGUAAACAGAAGGAAAGCAUCAAAGAUGCCUUUAUGACCCCACUAGCUGACCCCCGUCAACGCGCCCCCUUGGGCAUGAAAACCACCAAUGCCAAAGCUAGAGGCCUACAGACCCCCGCGCCUCCCGGAGGGACCGCGAAGCCAGAGAAGACUCUCAAAAGGGGCUCGACGCAGAGGGUGAAGAAGUUCUCCCCCUUCAUCGAACAGGCGCAGCCAGAAACACAAACCAAGCACGUGCAGGAUGACGUUCCCGACAUUGAGUAUAUGCCGCCUAAGCCUCAAGAUCUUCCGGACUACCCUGAUGAAGUUACCUACGAUACCACGUUCCCUCAGUUUCAAGGGAGGAACCUUGCCCGCGGGUUGGAGAGCGUGUAUGGGGCUGAUAAUGAGAUCGGACCUGAUGGAUUGACUAGAAGAGAGCGCAAAUUCCAGAAAGACUCAGCAGCCUGUGACAAACUGAUCGAUGAUCUGAUCCUGAAGCAGGUUGAGAGCAUCGAUUUCGAAGAGCCGUCUGAAACAGAACAACUGGAGAAGCCUGCUGUGGAAGAGACGGUGAAACGCCGUGUCGGGACCCGCCGUACCAGAGCGACUGCGGGUCUCACCAAAAGCACCAGCAAUGUUUCCACCGUACGUGCUCGUGAUGCCGCUACCGCCCUCUCUGGGACAUACCGAUCGGUUCCCCGCACCCGAUCAGCUACUUUGGCCAAACCAAGAACAAGAAUGGCCACGUCCUUGUUCUCUACAAAAACGCCCCGAGCCCCAGACAACCCGCCAAGCAUGCAUCGCACCGCAGCUGAAGCCAAUUCCAGAACAACUCUGGGGUAUACUCGAGGCCGCGAGGUAUCAUCUAAGAUGAGUAGCAGAACAGCUACCCCGGUCGAGCAAGACACGGCUCCGAAGGGCAUUUUAUCUCCAGAAACUUACUUGCAUCCUUCUGGCAUGUUGUCUUUGACCGAUGGACUUCCCGUCUUGGUUGCUGAAGAGGAUCUCCCAGUUUAUGAUGAAGAUGUGGAAGCUCAGGAUUUUCAAUUGACGCUGUGAGAACGGAUUAGCAUAAGGGAACAAAGGCCUACAUCCCAUGGAGAGGCUUCGGUGUCUGGGCGGGUUAAUUAUUGUUUUGGUGGGUACACGGUGUUUCAGAUGGUGCUUGCUUUUGGUCCGUCUGCUUUUUACUCCUCUGUGGUUGAUGUGAUUCUAUUGUUCAACAAACCAUGGUGGGCAAGCAAUCCAGGUGCAGAUCGCAGCGUGGAAGGUUUCCCGGGGCGUUUUGUAUGAAGUGAUUUGAUGAUUAUGAUUACAUGCAGCAUCUAGCUUAUGAGACUUUUUUAUGACGCGGGGAAAGGGGAG